UCGCCCCCAACUCUCUAUUCCCGACACGCCUCUAAAGCCGGACUCUAACCUCAGCCCUAGCUUCGGUCCUCCUCCUCUUUUCAAUUCGAGCAGCAUCAGCGGGAUCUUAGACGGAUUUCAGAGUCUUUCUCCGAUUCGAGAUAUCAGGGAAUUGGGUUAUUUUAUCCUGAGAUCCAAUCCUCCUCAUGGCGGCUCUCAAGGAACUCCUUCCCCCGGCAAAAUCUACCGGCGCCUCCUUCUAUGACCACUCGAAGGACUCUUGGUUCAAGGAUAGGUACAGCUCCUCCUCGGACGCCUCCCGGUCCUCCGCUGUCAAGCCUACUCCGGUCCCGCCCUAUGGGAAGCGCUCUGGCUUCGUCCCCCGGAAACCGGAGGACUUCGGCGAUGGGGGUGCCUUUCCUGAGGUCCAUGUCGCCCAGUACCCACUUGGCAUGGGCAGGAAGGAUGAGAAGCCUGGCUCCAAGAUCCUUCCCCUCACCGUUGAUUCCCAGGGAAAUGUCGCAUUCGAUGCAAUCGUGAAGCAGAACGAGAAUGCCUCAAAGAUUGUGUACUCCCAGCAUAAAGACCUUGUCCCGAAGGUGGUGUCCGAAGAGGAGAAGCAUGAAGAAGAGCUGGAGAAGGAGAUUGAGGAGACUGCUGAGCGGACGAAGGCUGCUUUAGAGAAGAUUGUUAAUGUUAGGUUGAGCGCUGCACAGCCGAAGAAUGUCCCUACCCAAUCGUCAGAAUCGAAGUUUAUCAAGUACAAGCCCUCACAGCAGUCUGCAGCAUUCAAUUCAGGGGCGAAGGAGAGGAUCAUUCGGAUGGUUGAGACGCCCGUGGACCCUCUUGAGCCCCCUAAGUUCAAGCACAAGAGGGUCCCAAAAGCAUCUGGUUCCCCACCGGUGCCCGUCAUGCAUUCCCCGCCACGCCCAGUCACCGUGAAGGACCAGCAAGACUGGAAGAUUCCACCUUGCAUCUCGAAUUGGAAGAACCCAAAAGGUUACACAAUCCCCUUGGACAAGCGUCUGGCUGCUGAUGGAAGGGGUCUUCAAGAGGUGCAGAUCAAUGAUAAUUUUGCGAAGCUCUCAGAAGCUUUGUAUGUGGCAGAGCAGAAGGCUAGAGAGGCCGUUGCGAUGAGAUCGAAGAUUCAGAAGGAGUUGAUGCUGAAGGAGAAAGAUAGAAAGGAGCAGGAGCUGCGUGCGCUGGCUCAGAAGGCACGGUCGGAGAGGACUGGCAUCGCUCCAGCGCCUUCUGCCCCUCUACCUGCAGAUAGAAAUAUGCUUGAUGAUGACAUGAGAAUGGAGUCCCACGAGCAGCGGAAGGAGUUGAGGGAGGACAGGGAAGAGCGGCUGCAGCGUGAUAAGAUUCGUGAGGAACGGAGGCGUGAGAGGGAGAGGGAGAGAAGGUUGGAAGCUAAGGAAGCUGCAAUGGGGAAGAAGAGUAAGAUCACGAGAGACAGGGACCGAGAUAUUAGCGAAAAGGUUGCUCUUGGUAUGGCGAGCACUGGAGCUGGACGUCCUGGGGAGGUUAUGUAUGACCAGCGGCUGUUUAACCAGGACAAGGGAAUGGAGUCUGGGUUUGCUACUGAUGACCAGUACAACAUAUAUGAUAAGGGUCUUUUUACGGCUCAGCCUACACUUUCUACACUCUACAGGCCUAAGAAGGAUGCUGAUGCAGAUAUGUACGGAGGUGCUGAUGAGCAGCUGGAGAAGAUUAUGAAGACUGAUAGGUUCAAGCCCGACAAGGCUUUCACCGGUGCCUCUGAGAGGCCAUCUGGUAGCAAGAGAGAGAGACCAGUAGAAUUUGAAAAGCCAGAAGAGAAUGAUCCCUUCGGGUUGGAUCAGUUCUUGACAGAGGUGAAGAAGGGUAAGAAGGCAAUGGAAAAGAUUGGUGGUGGAGGAACCAUGAAAGCAAGCGCAGGGUCUUCACUGAGAGAUGACUAUGAGGGAGGAGGAUCUGGAAGGACUCGCAUUGCAUUUGAAAGAGGACGUUGAGAACUGGACCAGGUUCGGAUAUACUUCUGAAGCACCUGAUUCUUAUGAUAAAAUUCCAAUACUGAAGGUAAGCUUCCAAUUCUCAGGUCCAUGAUUUGUUUUGGAACAGCAUCUAGCCUUUCUACAGUUGUUAUGUCCGAAUGGUUGAAACUCUUCUAAAUGUUUGAGCUGUUGUAGCUUUCUCUGAUAAGACCAUGGUCUUUGAACAAUUGAUGUAUUACUUGUUCAUGACUGAAAACUACAUGUGCUGUCAACUUCUCUUUUGUUUUUAUGCAGUAAGAUUUUCUGUUUGUUAGCA